AUGCAAAAUACGCAAGUGACGAUCUCUGAGUUCCAACGCUCCGUCGCGGCUGCCCUCGCCGCCGUCCAGCACGGCUUCGAGGAGGAGCAUCUCGAGCCGCGCACCGGCUACUCGCUCGACCUGGCGCUGCCCUCAUCACGCGUCGCGGUCGAGGUGGACGGCCCCUCUCACUUCCUGCUGCCCGACGGCCGGGGCGUGCGCAAACCCAACGGGCCGACGCUGCUCAAGCGGCGCCUCCUCACAGCGGCUGGCUGGAGGGUGAUCAGCGUUCCAUUCUACGAGUGGAACGGCUUCGCGACUGCCAGUGAGCGGCACACCUACCUGCAGAGGCUGUUGGGCUAG